GAAUUACCGGACAGCCUGCUGUGGAGGUCUUUAAUCAGCGUGCCUUUAAUCCCCAGCACACGGAAGGCAGAGUGAGAUGGACCUUUAUGAGUUUGAGGCCAGCCUGGUCUACAUAGCAAGUUCUAGGACAGCCAGGGUUCUAUAGUGAGACACUUUCUCAGAAAAAAGAAAAGAAGAGAAAAGAAAAAAAAAAGAAAAAUAAAGAGAAAGAAUCACAUGACAAUAUUUACAGACUCCUCUCCCUUGGCAGGAAGAAGAUGUUUUGCCCCACUUUAACAGCCAUUAUUACAUCUUUAAGCGUAGCACUGGAAUUCCACAGCUCAUACCAUUUCUUUUCAGUGAUAGGGAUAAAACCUCGGCCCUCUGUCCUGCUAGGCAACUGUUCUGCCUCUGAGCUGCAGUUCAGCCAGUGCGCGUAUUUAGACUGCAGUGUGCGUAUUUAGACUGGGCUUUCCCACUUCUUUUAUUCAGCGAAUUACCCUGAGUUGCAAGCACUUUUGAAUGGCUGGGUAUUUUAACCACGUGUUUAUGAAGCUUUCACUAUUUGUUUGGAAGAGAAGAAAAUGUUCAAUAUUUAGUGGAAAGUUCAUUGUAGUUCCUUUUCGUCUGCCAUGUUAUUUUCUACAAGAAGUAUUCCACCUUUGAUUUCUUUCUCCUGGAGAUCAGGUGUGAGACUAUACUUUGUAUACUAUGUUUAAUUAUUUUUCUAAAUUUUAUGUGCAUUGGUGUUUUGCCUGCCUUCACAUGUGUCUGUGUGAGGUUGCUAGAUUCCCUGGAACUGGAGUUACAGACAGGUGUGAGCUGCCAUGUGGGUGCCAAGAAUUGAACCCGGGUCUCGGGAAGAACAGCCGCUUGUUGUUCUUAACCACUGAGCCAUCUCCCAGCCCCUCUGCGUUUUAUUAAUUGCUUUAUCUUAGUCUUUAUGCCUUCCCAAGCCUUUUCAUGGUCUUCCUUUUACCUAUGUGAAAGGGAAGAUUAAGCAUCCAAUAAUAUUCUUGUUCUUUACCAACAUUACUAUUGGUAGACCAUAUUCAGGUGAGAGUCUUCUGAAUUUCCACUUUGGACGUUACCUUUCUGCCUUGCCCAGCUCUCCUCUGCCUGUGAUAACCUCCUUCUUUUGCUUUUUAGGUUGUAGCUUGCUUAGAACUUUGGAAACUUUAGAGCAUCUGGUGAUACUUUUCUUAAAAUUCUGUUUAGAUUUUUCACUUUCAAGUAGCUGGGAGUCCUGCAGGACUCUUUUCUGUCACACAUGCUAUCAAAAUAGGUCUUUCUUGGGGUUGGGGAUUUAGCUCAGUGGUAGAGCGCUUGCCUAGCAAGUGCAAGGCCCUGGGUUCGGUCCCCAGCUCUGAAAAAAAUAAAAAAGGAAGAAGAAGAAAAAUAGGUCUUUCUUUCUCAGCCUGCAUCUUACUUUCUACUUAAAACUUCAUUCUCUCUUAAGGGCCCAAGAUCCUUCUAGCAAAGUGACGUUUGGUAAUAUUUUAUUGGUAGCAAAUUGUUCUGCAGAAUAAAUAAAGUGUCAUUUUCUCUUUCUCUGAGGCCACAGAGACAUUGCGACAUUUUACUUCUCAGAUCUGGAUUAUAUCCAAUUCCAAACGCUUCCAAAUGAAUUUUAUUUUGCUAGUAGGUCCUCUUCUGCUGCAGCUGUAAUAAGCAUGAGUUGUGCAUUUGCUUAGGAGAUUUCCUUUUAACAGGCAUGCACUCUUCCCAGUAUAUCCACUUACAAGCUUUGACAGUAAAUCUUGGGCAAAGUUACUGCAGCAGGAAUUUUUCACUAAUGUAUGUGGUUGAGUGUGUACAUAUAGUAUUUCACCAAAGACUUAGUAACUCUCUACUGCAUAUUUCUUUGCAUAUAGCUGUCUACUCCUUUAAUAUUAGUCAUACCUGCUCCAUGCUAUGUACUGGGUGUUGAUGCAAUUUAGUCUCAUUUGGGAACCACGUAUAAAAUGCAAACAUUUUAUGCUAAAUCUCUGUUAGUGUUGCUUCAUAAACAUGCUUCAUCCAUUGUGUUCCAAGUGUUAAUGCUCUCUGUACAUGCAGUAUACUUUCAGUGUACACAGCUAGAUACUCCUGUUUAGUAUUUUAUAAUAUACUAUAUAUACUGUACAGUGUAUCCUUAGAAGACAAGUCCAGUACAGGGCUUUUAAAAUGUUGUGUGAGAGCUUUGUGGCAAUAAUUAUAGUUCUUAAUAGUCUUGGCUGAGAUUCUGCUGUCUUGUAUGUUUUGUUUUGUUAUGAAUCAUAAUUUCCCUUUAUUCUGUGACUGGGAGAGGCAGGCCUGUCAGAAGAAAGUAAGCCAUUAGCCUGGGUCCUCUCCUAGUAUAAGUAUUCAAAAUGAUUUUACAUUCGAAGCCACUUUAUUAAAAUUAUUUUUAAGAGAUUAUUUUUUAACAUAACAGAAUCACCUUUCUAGAAAGAGUUGAAACAUAUGCAUAAAUAGUGUCAGAAGUUUGUUAUAAAAAAGAGAUAUUGUUUCAAAAAACACCCCAAGCUAGUAAUUUGAAACCAUAUACCAUUUGAAAAAGUGAGCAGCUUUCUUGGAUGUUGCUUUCCAACAUUGUGCAGCUAACUUUUGAUUACUGGUAUCUGCAUGCCGUUACCAAUAUGAGCCAGAAAGAGCAAGGAUUCUGGCCUACCAACCGAGGAAGUAAAUUCAAGAUUUUUUUAAACUGAUAUAUGUAAUAAACAUUUAUUAGAAUUUGGACUAAAGUUAUUAAAAGAGCAUAUUUUUUGUUGUUUUGGUUUUUUUUUCCUGGACAGGGUUUUUCUGUGCAGCCCUGGCUGUCCUGAAACUCAUGGAGACCCACCUGUCUCUACCUCCUUCCUGAGUGCUGGGAUUAAAGGCAUGGGCCACCACCACCAGGCUAAAGGAGAAACUUUUAAUGGAGUGCUCCACUGUGGUUAAGAAUCUAUAGAAAUGCUUUGGGGUGAAAUAGUAGCAACAGGAACCCUGAGAACCAUCUUAGGCAAUGCAAGGUUCUUUUAAAACUCUAAAUCCCCAAAUGCUCAACUCACUUUGAUGAUGAAUUGUUUCCCCCAUGAUUUUGCCCCCUCCCCUGCCCAACAAGGUCUCUAUGUAUGUUGCCCUGGUUAUCCUGAAACUUUCUGUAGAUCAGGGUGGUUUCUAACUCAGAGCUUACCUUGCUUUUGCCUCUCAAGUGCCUAGCUUGAUUUUUGCUUUCUUUCUCACUUCCCCUCCUCCUUAGUCAUUUGAAGCAUCUGACAAUAGUCAUUGUCAAUUAUCAAAGGGUGUGGGGAGCUUAGCUCUAGAAGGCUGUAUCUCUGGCCUAGGUAUGAGUAUCUGAGAACAGUGUUGAGAUUAGGGAUCAGUGGGAAGAUCCAAGGAGAACACUGACGAAAUUUUAGAAAUCUACUUUCUGUCCUAGACCUCUCUUACUUAUAUUCAGUCAUUCUUUAAGUGUCAACGUUUGCCACUUCUCACCAGAGCCACUGAUGUAGCUAACAUUCAGUUGAUAACUAGCCUUGUCCUAUAGUCAUUCUUCCCUGUCAUUGCUAACUGUUAGUCUUUAAAUAAAGUGAAAUAGUCAUUUCUCUGUGAAAAUCCUUCAGGCACAGGGCAUGGUGGCUCAUUUUCGUAAUCCCAGUCUGGUUUUGCCUAUUGAUACUUUGUCUCCAAAACAAAACCUAAACCAGGAAUGAUGGCUCACUCCUGGGAUUCCAGCAUUUGAAAACUUGAGACAGGAGGAUUGCCAUGAGUUCUUAGCUAUCCUGGGCUAUAAGAUAUUGUCUCCAUAAAAAGUGAAUAAAGAAAAAAAAUGGAAAAGUCCUUCAGGGUUUUCCCUCAGGUAUCACAAUAAAUUCUGAACACCAUGGCCUAAACACUAGUGAUACCUUUAUCUGAAUGUGUGUUACCUUUCCAACAAUGUCUGUCCAUUUUCUUUUCACAUAAACCUAGGCUCCAAACACCAAGAGAAAUUAAGCUCUCCUCUCCAAACUGGUUAUACCUCCAACUUCUGUGUCAUUGUAUAAGGUGUUCUCUGUAGCUUGGACAUAUUUCAACUCAUUCUAUUUUGUUGGAUCCAGUGUUAUUACUUUGUAGCCCAGAAUGACUUUGAAUGCACAGCAGUCCUCCAGCCUCAGCCUCCAGAGUGUUGAGAUCACGGACUUGUACCACCAUGCUGGGAUUUGUUUUUCUCUCUAGCCUCCUGCCUCAGGCUUCUGAGUGCUAGAAUUAAAGGCCUAUGUGCUGCCACACCCAUUCAACUUCAAUCCUUUAUUGUACAUUCUCUGAAGUGAUUGGGCUCCGCUUCCCCACUCCCACUCCAAGCAAUGUAGCAAGUCCCCUUAUGAUUUGCUAAAAUUGUCCCUUAACACUUUUUCCACAGUGCCCCCACCCCCACCGCCUCUGCGUUUAACACUUUAUUAUGACUGGGUGUUGAUAUUCUUUGGGGGGUAAAAGUGCUAGGCAAUUUUAUUCCUGAGAUACAUCCCCAGCUCUUAGCCAUGUUAAUAUAUUAGUGUUCAUCUUGACCUCCCUAAUAAGCGCAUCUGAACGUAAGGAUAUGUGUUCCUUUAGUACUAGAGAGUGCCUAGAUCUUAGUAGGUAUUCAACAGGAAAAAAAUAUUUCUGGCAAUGUGUACAUGCAAACGCUACCUCCCAUCCCCACCAACACCCCCAUUUUCAAGAUUUUUUUCUCCAGAUAGUAGCCACCAUUAACAAUUAUAAUUUUCCUUUAUCUGCUUGCCAUCCCCCUUUCUUGAAGGGAAAUGCAAUUUUUAUUACUGCUGUGAUAGGAUCAAAAUGGUGCUUUCCAAGGGUGCUCUGACGGUUCCUCCUUCCCUCCCUCUGCAGUCUAGGCAGGCAUUUCUAUUCAUUGAACAACGUCCGUGCACUAAGCUUUGUUAUAGAGACCUAGGGUAAUACCAGGAAACACCCAGCUCAGGGGGAAAACGGGAAGGAGUGCAGGUCUCUAAGACUCCGAGAACUCAGGCUGGUUGGAAGGAAAAUCAUGCCACAUUCAUGAGCGAACUGAAAAAUCUCCAGGCUUCUGGACUGACUACUCUUGGUCAGGCUCUAAGAUCCUCCUUUGAUUUGUUAAAUCUCAAUAGAUUAAUAUCUGGAAUAGACAAUUAUGGACAGGGGAGAAAUCCAUUUUUUUUAGAGCCGUCUAUUUUAAUUACCAUCACAGAUGGAAACAAGUUAACAAGUACUGCUAGCGUUCAAGAAGAGCUUCAUCUCCCUUUGAAUUCUCCUCUGCCCGGAAGUGAACUAACCAAAGAACCUUUUCGUUGGGAUCAAAGGUUAUUUGCCCUGGUGUUGCGUUUGCCUGGAGUGGCUUCUCCUGAACCAGAGCAGCUAGGGAGUGUGCCAAGUGAUGAAUCGGCCAUCACGCAGAUGUGCGAGGUCACAGGAGGUCGCUCCUACUGUGUGAGAACACAAAGAAUGUUAAAUCAGUGCUUAGAAUCACUAGUUCAAAAAGUACAGAGUGGCGUAGUUAUUAAUUUUGAAAAAACAGGACCGGAUCCACUUCCUGUUGGAGAAGACACACUGAUGGAUUCCUGUAGGCCAAACAACUUCUUUGCUGCUCAACCGUGGCACAGUUGUCAUAAACUCAUCUACGUACGACCUAAUUCUAAAACUGGUGUUCCUGUUGGACAUUGGCCAAUUCCAGAAUCUUUUUGGCCAGAACAGAAUUUACCUUCACUACCUCCACGAACAUCACAUCCUGUUGUGAGGUUUUCCUGUGUCGAUUGUGAGCCAAUGGUUAUAGAUAAACUUCCCUUUGACAAAUAUGAACUUGAACCCUCUCCCUUGACUCAGUACAUCUUGGAAAGAAAAUCUCCUCAUACUUGCUGGCAGGUGUUUGUCACCAGCAGCUCAAAAUACAAUGAGCUUGGAUAUCCAUUUGGUUAUUUAAAAGCUAGUACGACUUUAACUUGUGUAAACCUCUUUGUGAUGCCUUACAACUACCCAGUUUUACUUCCUCUUUUAGAUGACUUGUUUAAAGUUCACAAGCUUAAGCCAAAUCUGAAGUGGCGACAGGCUUUUGACAGCUACUUAAAAACUCUGCCUCCAUACUACUUAAUACCAUUAAAGAAAGCACUAAGGAUGAUGGGAGCUCCAAAUCUGAUAUCAGAUAAUUUAGAUUGUGGACUUAGUUACAGUGUUAUCUCUUACCUUAAAAAACUCAGCCAACAGACCAAACUAGAGUCAGAACGAGUUCUAGCAUCAGUGGGGAAGAAGCCUCCCCAGGAAAUUGGUAUCAAAGUGAAAAAUCACUCUGGAAGUGGCCUACCCUUGGCUCACAAUAAGAGUUUUAGGAAACUGUUGAAAGAAAUCAUAGGGGAAAGCGCACCAAGACUCACAGAACUGAAUACCAAAGAGUUUGCUGGCUUCCAAGUAGGACUCUUAAACAAGGAUUUGAAACCGCAGACAUAUAGAAAUGCUUAUGACAUUCCACGAAGAGGACUUUUAGACCAAUUGACCAGAAUGAGAUCCAAUCUGCUGCAGACCCGGAAGUUUAUUGUUGGACAGGAUGAAGAUUCACUUCAUAGUGUCCCAGUUGCACAAAUGGGUAACUAUCAGGAAUAUCUAAAGAUGCUGGCUUCUCCGCUUCGAGAGAUCGACCCAGAUCAACCGAAACGACUGCAUACUUUUGGCAAUCCAUUUAAGCAAGAUAAGAAGGGAAUGAUGAUUGAUGAAGCAGAUGAGUUUGUAGUAGGGCCACAAAACAAAGUGAAACGUCCUGGUGAACCCAACAGUCCUAUGUCAUCUAAGCGAAGGCGGAGUAUGUCCCCGCUGUUGAAGAAACCACAAAUACCACCUACUGCAACUAACCAUGUGGGCGGAAAGGGACCACUCUCCACCUCGUGGUUCCCAUCUUGUCCAAACCUCAUAAAACACACCUUUGUACAUCCAGACACUGCUGUCAUUCAUGAUACCCAUGAAGAGAAGAUGGAAAAUGGGCAAAGCCCAGCUGACGGCUUCUUAUUAAAAUCUGCUCCAGCAGAGUUUAUGAAUGUGUCAGGAGAAGGCCUUAUACCCAACCAGUUGGAUUCUCUAUCUGAUGACUUUACUGGUCUCAGGAAAGAUGGAUUCAUUCACAAACCUGGUAAUAAUAUCCUUCUAGGAGGAGCCAAAACCUGCAAUCUUUCUGUAGAUGACCAAAAAAUCACAAUGGCAUCAGCUUUGGAAACGGUGCCAAAUUCAAUGCAAAUCACUCCUGCGAUGGCCCAAGGCAUCAAUGCUGACAUAAAGCAUCAAUUAAUGAAGGAAGUUCGAAAGUUUGGAAGAAAGUAUGAAAGGAUUUUCAUUUUGCUUGAAGAAGUGCAGGGACCUCUGGAGAUGAAGAAACAGUUUGUUGAAUUUACCAUCAAGGAAGCUGCAAGGUUUAAAAGAAGAGUCUUAAUUCAGUACCUUGAGAAGGUACUAGAAAAAAUAGAUUCCCACCACCUUCUUAACAAUGUGAAUCACAUCAACAGCAGAUCAUCAUGUUAAUGGCAAGCCAAGUGAGGAAAAAGAACAGCUUUUUUGUGUUUUCAGAUGCAAUGGGGUGUAACCAAAGCCCUCUACAAUGUUUGAGUGACAGAGUGACAUAAGUCAGGCUAUGAGAAAGCUCUUGACUAGAGCUUUUAGCAAUUAUCUGGAAGGAAGAUCUGGGCUUUUGCCUUAAGAGUUAUGGUUGGAAAUAUUUUUUUUCAUUUUGUUGUUCAUUUUUCCAAUUAGGAAAAGUGAUGCUAGGCCACAGAGCACUGCUGCUCCCUACUACAGCUAGUAGCGUUCACUCAUUUGGGCUUUGCCAUCCCAGGCGCUUUCAGAGUGAGUAGGGGCUGGCCACCUGCGAGGCGAGCACUACCCACUGUCCUCACUGUGUCCUAUAGAACUCAUAAGCAUAGAGAGUCCACGUGGUGAUCAUGUGCUCAAUGAACUUUUCAACAAUCCCUAGCUGUGCCUUUUAAACCAUGCAAUAUUCAGGAUAGUUGGAAUGAAAGAGUGAAAAGCUGCUAUUUCGGUAACUUACUUCUCUCUGGGAAAGGGCAGGGGAGUCAGCAAACCGUCUACCUCGAGUGCUCUUCCACUCUGUCUGAGGCUGCACUAACCUCUGACAUCUGUUCCUGCAUGUGACAACAGAAAGCCUUCAGGUGGACUUGUACAUGUUUGUGCUUUGGAAGCACUAAAAGGAAAAAAUAAUAUGUAUAUUUUCUUCGCUGUUUAUACAGAAGUUUAUAUGGAGCAGUAUUGUUGUUUUUAUUUGUAAAAAUGUAAGUGAUCAAAGAGAUUUUCACUUUGCAUAUAUGAAAUAAAACCAUUUUAUUAAUUUUCAAAGCUA